AUGCAGCUGCUCAACAUCCUACAAAGCUUGAUCAAGCAGCUGAACCCGAACAAGCUGGAGUUCGCUCUUGAAGACAGUGCCCUGUACGAAAUGGAGAAGGCGUGUCACGAGCUUUGCCGCGCCGCCGUGCCCCGUUUCGUCCAUCGGCAUCGGCACUUGCAUAUGCAGAAUCUUCAAUUGAUCUUGUCCUCUUAUGCGAGGGUGUACAUCCCAGAGUACGCUUGCGUUUUCGAGGCAAUUGGCCCGACACUGACCCAGCGGGUGCGUGCCGCUCUGGAGAAGGCCAAAAAUGCGAAUGACGUGGGAGCCGAUCUCAAACUGCAGGAGCUCAAUACCACCGUUCCCUUCUUGCUCAAUUCCUAUGCCAAAGUGCGGAUUCAGGACCCGGACCUCUUUCAGGUGUGCCUGGAACUCGUGGACAAGGAGGCUUAUCGACUCUUCCAUGAGUUUCUCGUGCUUGCGCUGCAUUCCGCGGCUGUGCUAGGCCUCCACCGACCCUCUCUUUUGCGGCAGACGGCCAAGCAACUUCAGCCGCCGUGCUCCUGGACAACAGUCAGGGUUGCUGAUGUCAUAGGGGCCAUUCCCUACCUCCUCCUCAAGGGAACGGGUGAGACGGUCGAGGAUGGCUCCGUGGUGGAAUUGUUUCGCGCGGCCGCGCUGGAACUGCAGCGGCGGCCGGAUGAUUGGGGCAACGUCGAGGCGCCCAAGAUGCUGCUGGGCAUCGCAACACUGCCUCCCCGGGCAGAUCUUCCACGCCAGGAGCUGAUCCUGCUCAUCUGCCAGGCGAUUUCGAAGGACAUCCACGAUCUUCCUCCGAUCUAUCUGACCAAGUCCUUCUUCAGCGCUGUUGCCCUCGACCUUGUGGCAAGUGAAGAUGCUGCUCAGAGCGCGUCCGACCCUACUGAAGCUGAAGCUGCUCUGGUGGAAGCCACGAGCCUGAUGGCCUAUCACAUGUUGCAGAUAAUUCCGCGGGGCCUGCGGGUGGAGAUGGAGAUGAUGGCCCAGCUUCUCUUGGCCCUGGCAGUGCGCGCUCCCGAGGCGAAGCUCGAGCUCUUAGGCUUCAGCACCCUCAUACGCGUGCAGCAGCGGGAGAUCGUCCGCAAGGCGGAGCAGUUGGGCUCGGGAUUCAGCCGCUGUGCAGCCUUCGCCGCUGCAGCGGUGUGGCCUUGGAGAGAGGAGUGGCUGCAGCCGUGGUUUCUCGAGGAGGUGAGGCACUUCGUCGAAACGCAGGUCGAGGCGGAGGAUAUCACUGGAGGUCUCUCCGACUGGCUGGAUGCUGCUAUCUCCGCGCAGGAACCGACUGCACAAGGCUGA